AUGACUGGCAGCACUCCAAUAUUAUUCAUACCAAUGAUGAGUGAAACUGUUAUCCGAGAUGCAGUAACAGAUCAAUCUUAUCAAGCUAGCUCAUCUCAUCAACAUUUUCAUCUUAACGGAUCAUUAACCGGAACUCAUAAUUAUUCAAAAUCUGAAAUUUUUGGUAAUCGAAAAAACCGUCGUAAUCGAAUCAAUAUAUUACAUUUACUCUAUCGACAAUUAACCAAAAUUGCAUCACAUAAUUUUUACGUAACACAACGACGUAACAAACAAUCGGAAAUACGUCAUAACGUUGAUGAUAAUAAUGAAAUGAAGCAAAUGUUAGGAUGUAAUGAUUCCAAUAAUGCUAAUUUAUGCGACGAUCAUAGCGAAAAUAAUUGUGAUCAAUCUAUUGAAAAUAUAAACAGUGAUCGUGAAAAUGAUGAAAUUUAUCAUUUUCAAACGACACCAGCUGUUUAUCAGGAUCCAUAUUGUGCUGUAACUGUUGAUCGGAAAGUUCACAUUUAUGGAUAUUAUGUACAAAAUGAUUCAAAUUGUUACUAUAACGCACAAAGUACACGAACUGUUUAUGCAAAUGAUAUUGCCGCAAUUUUUCACACCGACAAUGAAGGACAAUUAAGCGGUAACAUUUGUCGAUCAUGGGGACUUUCGCGGAAUUCCGUUUGGUGGGCAGCUGAUCCGCAACGAAGUGAUUCCGGAAAGGAGAUGUGUCUAGUUGUUUUACAGCUGAAAGAACACCCAAUUCUGAUCGGUUUUACCAUUAUCAAAUUGGCUGCUUUCAUAAAUGCUCUAAAAAUCUGUGGUCUUAACGAAGACUGCAAGUUCAUUUCCUCAUUACCCACCGUAAUGGAAUCCGGUGUUCCAGGAAUCAGGCCAAAUGAAGAAAUCAGUCAAAAAGAAACAAAAGCUCCAAGCGAUGAAGUCUCACUCGAGGAUAACAUGAGCAAGAAUUCUGAAUGAACGACUAGGCCGCCGCCGCUUUCAUCGUUAAAUUACAUCAGGCAUGAAUUUUCAUCUCCCUCUCAG